GGCGGGGGGAGCGCGGAAUGAAAAGCUCCGAGGGGCGAAAAAGCAGCACAGCGAAGCCCAAGUUGCCGAGCGAGCGGAGCGCUCCCGCGGCCCGGAGCCAGCGGCCGCCGCGCCCGCAGCCCGGCCCGGCCCCGCCCGAUCAAGGCCCCCGCUGGCCGAGGCCGCCGGGCGGGGGCGGGGACGAUCAACUUGGGGCGCGGCGCAGCCCCGCUCUCCCGAGAGCGCGGAGCCGGGGAGCGCCACGGCCGCGGCCAGACGGCGGGAGCGGAGCGCAGCGAGCGGAGGCGGCCAGCUGCGCCCGCGCCGCAGCCCCGGCCUCGGCGAGAGCGCGAAUAUUUUUUCAAACGACUCAAACUUUCCUCCCUUCCCCGCUUUCUGGGGUCCCUCUUGCCUGGAAUUGCUCUUCAGAUUCCCGCGGGGCGCCGGGGCACGAUUCCUCCCUCGGGUGCCUCGGCGGCUCGGCUAACUUCGCGGACCCAAGGACCGUGGCGCUCUGCCGGUGGCCGAACCCAGCCCGCGCUGCCACUCCGCUCAAGAGGGCCAGGACUGGGGUUCCUCUGCAGCUGGCAGGUGCGCAGCCUGGCCCCCUUAGGUCGGGCCGCUGAGCUCUCAGCACCCGGUGCAGGACUGGAGACAGCGAAUUAAGCCAGCGGAACCCGGGUCUCCCUGCCCCCGCUCCGCGGAGGGGCGUCCCCUGGGCGGGGAAACGACAAGUUUGUCAGUCGUCGGUGGCCUGUUGGAGCCAAGCGCCGCCGCCGCAGCAGAGAGGUCCUUGGCGCCCAGCACCCUCAGCGGACAGCCCUGGGGACGCGGGGCGGCUCGGCGACCGAGCUUCUUGGGCCGGGGCGCUGGCUGCUGCGCCGGGCGCGCCGAAGCACCCGGGGCCCGGCCAGCGCCCCCUGCGUCCCCAUCAGUGCAGCGGCCCCGCCGGAGAAACCCGGGUCGCCGCCGCCGCCACCGCCUACUCCUCAGUCUCCUGGUCGCCGCCCUCUCCGUCGCCUCUCAGGGAAAGGGGGGGACAUAGGGGGCGUCGCGGGGCCCCGGCGGAUGAGCCCCCCGCCGCCUCUCGGGCUGCGCCGCCUCGCGGGGAUGAAGCACCGGCCGUGAAGAUGGAGGUGACCUGCCUUCUACUUCUGGCGCUGAUCCCCUUCCACUGUCGGGGACAAGGAGUCUACGCUCCAGCCCAGGCCCAGAUCGUGCACGCGGGCCAGGCGUGUGUGGUGAAAGAGGACAACGUCAGCGAGCGCGUCUACACCAUCCGGGAGGGGGACAUCCUGGUGCUGCAGUGCCUGGUCACCGGGCACCCCCGGCCCCAGGUUCGGUGGACCAAGACCGCGGGCAGCGCGUCCGACAAGUUUCAGGAGACGUCGGUGUUUAACGAGACCCUGCGCAUCGAGCGCAUCGCGCGCACGCAGGGCGGCCGCUACUACUGCAAGGCGGAGAAUGGCGUGGGCGUGCCAGCCAUCAAGUCCAUCCGCGUGGACGUGCAGUACCUGGACGAGCCAGUGCUGACAGUGCACCAGACGGUCAGCGACGUGCGAGGCAACUUCUACCAGGAGAAGACGGUGUUCCUGCGCUGCACAGUCAACUCCAACCCACCCGCCCGCUUCAUCUGGAAGCGGGGCUCAGACACCCUGUCCCACAGCCAGGACAAUGGGGUGGACAUCUAUGAGCCCCUCUACACCCAGGGGGAGACCAAGGUCCUGAAGCUAAAGAACCUGCGGCCCCAGGACUAUGCCAGCUACACCUGCCAGGUGUCUGUACGUAACGUGUGUGGCAUCCCAGACAAGGCCAUCACCUUCCGGCUCACCAACACCACGGCACCGCCAGCUCUGAAGUUGUCAGUGAAUGAAACUCUGGUGGUGAACCCUGGGGAGAACGUCACGGUGCAGUGUCUGCUGACAGGUGGUGAUCCCCUGCCCCAGCUGCUGUGGUCCCACGGGCCUGGCCCACUGCCCCUGGGAGCGCUGGCCCAGGGUGGUACCCUCAUCAUCCCGUCAGUGCAGGCCCGGGACUCUGGCUACUACAACUGCACAGCCACCAACAACGUGGGCAAUCCUGCCAAGAAGACAGUGAAUCUUCUGGUGCGAUCCAUGAAGAACGCCACGUUCCAGAUCACGCCCGAUGUGAUCAAGGAGAGCGAGAACAUACAACUGGGACAGGACCUGAAGCUGUCCUGCCACGUGGAUGCAGUGCCCCAGGAGAAGGUGACCUACCAGUGGUUCAAGAACGGCAAGCCAGCACGCAUGUCCAAGAGGCUGCUGGUGACCCGCAAUGACCCCGAGUUGCCUGCCGUCACCAGCAGCCUAGAGCUCAUCGACCUGCACUUCAGUGACUAUGGCACCUACCUGUGUGUGGCCUCCUUCCCAGGGGCGCCUGUGCCCGACCUCAGUGUCGAGGUCAACAUCUCCUCUGAGACAGUGCCGCCCACCAUCAGUGUGCCCAAGGGCAGGGCGGUGGUGACCGUGCGCGAGGGCUCCCCCGCUGAGCUCCAAUGCGAGGUGAGAGGCAAGCCGCGGCCGCCGGUGCUCUGGUCCCGCGUGGACAAGGAGGCUGCCCUGCUGCCCUCGGGGCUGCCCCUAGAGGAGACGGCCGAUGGGAAACUGCGGCUGGAGCGCGUGAGCCGAGACAUGAGCGGAACCUACCGCUGCCAGACCGCUCGCUACAAUGGCUUCAACGUGCGCCCUCGUGAGGCCCAGGUGCAGCUGAACGUGCAGUUCCCCCCGGAGGUGGAGCCCGGCUCCCAGGAUGUGCGCCAGGCACUGGGCCGACCCGUGCUCCUGCGCUGCUCCCUACUACGAGGCAGCCCCCAGCGCAUCGCCUCGGCUGUGUGGCGCUUCAAAGGGCAGCUGCUGCCGCCUCCGGCCGUCCUCCCCGCCGCCGCGGAGGCCUCGGACCACGCCGAGCUGCGCCUCGAUGCCGUAACCCGUGAAAGCAGCGGCAGCUACGAGUGCAGCGUCUCCAACGACGUGGGUUCGGCGGCCUGCCUCUUCCAGGUCUCGGCCAAAGCCUACAGCCCGGAGUUUUACUUCGACACCCCCAACCCCACCCGCAGCCACAAGCUGUCCAAGAACUACUCCUACGUACUGCAGUGGACGCAGAGGGAGCCAGACGCUGUUGACCCUGUGCUCAACUACAGACUCAGUGUCCGCCAGUUGAACCAGCACAAUGCCAUGGUCAAGGCCAUCCCUGUGCGGCGUGUGGAGAAGGGGCAGCUGCUGGAGUAUCUCCUGACUGAUCUCCGUGUGCCCCACAGCUAUGAAGUCCGCCUCACACCCUAUACCACCUUUGGGGCUGGUGACAUGGCUUCCCGCAUCAUCCACUACACAGAGCCCAUCAACUCUCCAAACCUUUCAGAUAACACCUGCCACUUUGAGGAUGAGAAGAUCUGUGGCUACACCCAGGACCUGACAGACAACUUUGACUGGACACGUCAGAACGCUCUCACCCAGAACCCCAAGCGCUCCCCCAAUACCGGCCCCCCCACUGACAUCAGUGGCACCCCUGAGGGCUACUACAUGUUCAUCGAGACGUCCAGGCCCCGGGAGCUGGGGGACCGGGCGAGGUUGGUGAGUCCCCUCUACAACGCUAGUGCCAAGUUCUACUGCGUGUCCUUCUUCUAUCACAUGUACGGGAAGCACAUCGGCUCCCUCAACCUCCUUGUGCGGUCCCGGAACAAAGGGGCUCUGGACACGCAUGCCUGGUCCCUCAGUGGCAAUAAGGGCAACGUGUGGCAGCAGGCACAUGUGCCCAUUAACCCCAGUGGGCCCUUCCAGAUUAUUUUUGAGGGGGUUCGAGGCUCGGGCUACCUGGGGGAUAUUGCCAUAGAUGACGUCACACUGAAGAAAGGAGAGUGUCCCCGGAAGCAGAUGGAUCCCAAUAAAGUGGUGGUGAUGCCGGGCAGCAGAGCUCCUUGCCAGUCCGGCCCACAGCUCUGGGGGCCCAUGGUCAUCUUCCUCUUGGCGUUGCAGAGAUGAUGAGAGCUGCGUGCCCCCCGCCCCCGGCACACCAAAGUGUCCACAUCGUACCAAAGACUGACCCCCCGCCAGCCGGGGUGCCCAGGGGCAGGGCCGGCUUGCCAGGGAGGGGGCCUGCAUUGGCUGCGAGGAUGCGCAGCGAACAAGGACCUGAGGCCCGGCGCCGAGGCCCUGGAGACGGUUGUUUGACACACGCACACACUUACACACUCACACUCACACACAGAGAUCUAUUAAAGCACAAGUUUCUAUCCGACCUGCCAGCACCUUCUUUACUGCAGAGACAGGGGACUUGCCUGAAUGGCGUCCGCCACCCCAGGGACCUCGGCACGACACUGGCGUUGUCCUGGCUGCACUCGUGGUAUAUUUCUGACCUUCCCUGCUGUCCCCUAACUCAAGGCCGAACUCCAGCCGGGUGGCUUUGCCAGAAGAGUGGCCAGACAAGGGAGCUCUGCCCUGGUCAGACUUUCCCCAGGACGGAGAAAGCAGGGGUCAGAGGAGGGCCAAGUGGGACUUUGUGAGCUCUGUGACUGUCCUUUGUCCAGAAGAUGGCAAAGAAGGUGGGACACCUGCUGCACGCAGCUCUUCUCAGAGGCAGGGCUGGAUGGUGGAGACCCCAGUCACCCCAGGCCCCCUGGCCUGUUUCUGGGACAUCAUAUUCCCUCCUCACUGUGCCCCCUUUGAAGGGACGCAGCACAGGGUCUCGGGCCUGCGCAGUGUGAAGACUGACACCUUCCCCACCCACCUGCCCACCCCCACCUGCAGCUGGACUCCUGAGAGCACAGUCCCCACCCUAACCUCAGCCCCAGCCGGGACUCAGAGGAGACCGGGGCGUGGCAGAGGAGAGGCCCUGCCUCUGUGGUUUCAUGCCCCUGUAUAGGACACUGGACUUGGGAGUGGAGCCCCAUUUCUUCUAUUUUUGGUCUGACAGGGUGCUGUGGCUCGGAGGGCAGGCAAAGCCCUGUCCAGUGGGCCUCCUUCACCCCAGGGCCAGUGAAGGAGGAUGAGUUUGUAGAGCUGGGGGUGAAGGGUGGGAUAGUUCCAGUCCCUUUGUCCCCUGGGAGCUGUAAAAGGGAUCCCUGUCUCUAGGUCUUGGUUGGAGCUUGAGAUGGACAGGACGGAAUCUAGAUCUUUCCUCCUCAACAUCACCCCUGAGCUGCCCACCCAGCCCUCCACAGGAGAGAGGAGUCCCCGCCCCUUCCAGGAUGAGUCUUUGCGCGUGGGUGUGCAAGUGCGUGCGUGCGUGCAUGUGUGUGGGUGUGGGUGUGUGCGCGUGCCUGCACAACUGUGGGCACAAAUCUGGGCAGCAGCAUAUGCAAAUAUGGGUCUGUGUGUGCAGUGAUCCCAGAGGCUGGGUCUAGCCUGUCCCUGAGUGCCGGUGUAUGUCAGUGCGCAUGUCCAUCUGCACGGGUGACAUGCAUGUGUGGGAGCGCGAGCCAAGCUGACCCCUUCCAGUCCUAUUCCAUAGUCUAGAACUGCUGUUGCCUCAGCCCCAAAUCCCCCUUCCCGUCCUAUGGAUGACGGAGCUUAACAGAUGACCCUAGUGAAUGUGAGCACCUUUGGUGAGGGUGUCACGAGCUCCUCCUGGAGCAUUUGGUGGGGACAGCUGCAAAGAGCGAACCUGGAUCCUGGGCAGCACCGCAGUGCCAGGAGCAGGCGGGGACCAUGGCAAAUGCUUCCGGGCUCCAGGCUCUUUCAGGCCUAUGUUAUCAUCAUCACCAACAGCUGGUGGGUGGCCGGGCCAGGCUGCAGUGGGGCCUCCUGAUACCCAAGCAGUGUGGCUGCCUUCCUGGCCCAUCCAAGGCCUCAGUCUGAAGUGAGCCGUUCCAGGUUCCCAGCACACGCUUCCAUCACGCCUGCCGGGUAUUGUUCCUUAAUUGUCCCAUCUGUGCAGAAUCUGUUGCCCCGACUAGACUGUGAGCUCCUCCUCUGAGCCUCCUGACCCCUCUCCCCUGUCCCUGCUCGUGCCUGGCACAAGCCAGCCCAGUAUGGGAAGCACUUCUGCAGGCUUUGCCCAGCAGAACGGAUGCUAUAAACCCCUGGCCCCUAGCCCUGGCUGCACAAUGAAACCACCAGGGUCUUUUAAACAGCUCCAAUGCUUGGGUCCGGCCCAGAGGUUCUGAUCGAAUGGAACUGGAGGGCAGCCUGGCUUCAGAAAUGGUGAAAAGCUCUUCGGGAGAACCCAAGAGAGGGAACUGCGGGCCUCUCACUUCCAGAGGCUUCCUCUGUACCCUUGCUGGAGUCCGUGCUGGAGCCCCCAGGGCUUCCUCCUUGGAAUUCCCACAGAGCCCUAGGCCUACUCCCCUCAGAUAUGUCCCCUGCCCUGUCUGCUCCAUCACGGGGACUUUUCUCCCUCGUCUGCCUCUGUAUCCACAGAACCUGAUACAGAGGGGUCACAGCAGGCAUUGGCUGCAUCGCCCCUGCCCAGGUCUGUUUGGAGAGAGGGGACCUUCUCGGAAGUUGGGGGCAGCCCUGGGGUUACAAUGCAUGUCUGCUGAGACGCCAAGGUGCUCAUGUGUGAGCAACUGAGGCUGGCAUGUGUCUGUGCGCAGUGCCGGUAGGUGUGUGGGGAGCGGGUGGCGGCAUGUGCUGGCGAUGCCUGAGUGCCAGGCGCGUGCCAGUCUAUGCCAGUCUGCGUGUGCGCUGAGUGCUUUGUGUAUCUCUGGGUGACUUGUGUGUCAGUGUUUGUGUCUGUGUGACAUUUAUCUGUAUAAAUGUCACUUAGCCGUGUGUCUUCGUGCAUCUGUGUGUCAGUGUCUUGGUAGUGGCCCGUGAAUACCCCAGGCCCUGGGGAGACCAGGCUGGCUGGAUCCAGUGCAUCUCCCCAGGGGCAGCCUCACCCUCUGGGUCAGGGUGACUGAGGCAUAUUGUGGCCUUAAAGUGGGGAGUCCAGAGUCAACCCUCAGGGUGUUGGGACCCUCCUACCCCUCUCCCCUCCAGGUUGGUGUCUAGAGGAAAAGGGACUCCCAGGACAAGAAACGGAAUGGAUGGGGAGUCUUGCCUGGCUGAUGUGCUGCUGGGCCCACAGACAACUCCUGGGGUGCUGGUUAGGGCGCCCAGCCUGCUCCUGGCACACGCCUGCCCCCUUGGGCCUUGGGUGGGUCCAGCACUACUUUGCCAUUCAUUCUCUUUUCCCUGUGCUCUGGAAGCCACCACUCAGGCCAUCAGGGCCAGAUGGGCCUCAGAAGUCUAAACCCCUCAUGGUGCAAAUAAAGAAGCUGAAGCUCAGAGAGGGGCCCGAGGUCACGCAGCCCGUUUAGGCAGAGCCAGUCUUGGAAACCAGGUACUAUGGCCCUGAGGUGUCACCUUUGGGCCAUCACUGCUGCUGGGAUUUCCUGCCAGAAAUGCUCUGGGAGCUGGGACAAACGGCCUUGUCUCCAGAGUGCCACAGAUGUUACUGGCCCUGAUCUGGACUCCUGCUCUGGGCCAGAGCGCCUCCCACUCCCGCAUCAACAGGAGGCCUGGUGCCUCGUGGAGGCUGGCAUCCUUUGCCCGUGGAGGCCGUAGCUGCUGCCCUCUUCCAGGCGCCUUCUCCCCUCCCUCCGUCUCCACGAGAGCCUGGACCAGGAUGAAGUUCCGCGCAUCCUCAUGCCCUCAUCCUUCGACCGCCCCCCAGGGCUCUGAAGACAGGAUUCUUGGGGCUUUCCUCUCCCAGACAAUGAAGGAGGCUGAGUGGAGGGGGGUUUCAGGGUCUGUUCCCAGGAGUGUGAGGGUGGACCUGCUGUGGAGAGUCCCUGUAGGAACAGUGGUUGAAGCUGGGUUCUGGGUUCAGGGGAGCCCUCUCUGCUUCCAGAGGCAGGGAAACCCCCUCCUCUCUGCUGUGCGUGUGUGUGCGCGUGUGCAUGUGCGUGUGUGUGUGUGUGUGUGUGUGUGUGUGUGUGUGUUGGGGCAGGAUCAACUCUUUUCUGGGGACCCCUUGACCCUUAGAACUGGGAGAGACCUUAGUGAUCCAGUAUCCCCACUGUACAGGUGAGAACGCUGAGAUCGAGGGAUGGCACCGGCCCCUCCCCACCCCUUCCCCCCACAUUGCCUGAUUCCCAGGGGCCCUCCCGGGAAUGCCCUCCUUCCCAGUACCCUCCUCCCGGCUGCCCACAUAAUCCCCAUCCAACUCUGCAGGCCCUUCUGCUCCAGAGGUCUCCAUCCUACCUGUCCCAGGAUGGCUAGCUCACCAAGACCCUUAUCCCCAUCUCAGAGGGGACAGGGAAGGAGGGAACUGCUCUAGCCCUGAGGCCUCAAAGACUUGGGAGAAAAGCCAAAACCCCUCACGCCCAGGCCCAAGCAUCUGACCCCCAGCCCAUCCUAACACCAAGGUAAAAGCACAACAGGAGACCCCUUACCCAUGGGUGAAAUGUAUUGGGGUUGUUUUUUUAGUCACGCGACCCCGUCCUCACCCCUUUGCCUUGCUCUCUGUCUCCAACCCAGCCUCUGUUCUCCAUUUGCCCCUCUUCCACCCCCCAAGCCCCCAAUGUAACCUCUAGUUGCGGACGCGGUUGUUUCAAUCAAUAAAGCUGCAGUGUUGCGA